AUGAUGAAUUUUGGGGCUGAUCGCACCUCCGACUUUCUCCAGCUCGUUAACACCCUACGUGCUGCCACUUCUAAUGGUCACGUGCGGACUGGGGACCCCAUUUCAUCGAUGGCUUCCCACCACCGUACCUCCAAUGGCAUUUCCACGAGUAGCAUUGCGUCUAAAUCUUCUCAAUUUGCUCGCAUGGCCUCACUCAUUAGCUCUGACCUCGCUGUGACUUGUAGUCGCCUCGAAAGUCUCUCCACUCUUGCUCGUCAACGCACUCUUUUUGAUGACCAUUCCACUGAGGUUCAACAUCUCACAUUACUGAUUCGGGAGGAUAUCGCGAAUCUGAACCACCGUAUUGCUGAUUUAAGCAAUCUCUCGAAGUCUGCUAUUACCUCUCCCCAACAGCAAUCAGCCAGACAUGCUACCUCGGUGCUCAUGAAUCUCCAGUCGCGACUAGCUGGGAUGUCAGAGCGAUUCAAACGAGUACUAGAACAGCGAUCAAAGACACUGAGAGACCAGACGUUACGAAAAAGCGCCUUUUCGGCACAGCAGCAAGAGUCACUAACAACAAGCGGACUGUCUAAUCAAGGAUUCGAUUCGCAGGCAUUGGAUUCGCCAGAAUCCUCAGCCGUUCCUUCCAUCUCUCCUGCUAUUAUGACUCCGUCGAUUCUCUUGCAGGAUGAGCAACGCGCCCGUCAAGCCAGUGGAAUUGGUGACAACAGCAGUUCUCUUUUAGUAGAUUCCAGCCAACAGCAACAGAUGGCCCUCUUUCGCGAUCAGACCGACGCUUACUUAGCAGCACGCCACGACACUGUUCGUACCAUUGAGCACACUAUCGUAGAAUUGGGUGAGAUCUUCCAGCAACUUGCAACAAUGGUGCACGAACAUGAAGAGAGGGUUGAGCGCAUCGAUGCUAAUGUGGAGGAAUCGGUAGCUGCCGUGGAGUCAGGACAUGCAGAGUUACUCCGUUACCUACGCUCCGUUUCGUCUAAUCGUUGGCUGAUGUUCAAAGUUUUUGGUGUCCUCCUUCUCUUCUUCCUUUUCUUUGUGGUUUUCUUUGUCUAA